GAGCACCAGCUCUUUUGCCUGGCUCAAAACUGCUUGUGGGAGCAGUUCACCGCCGAGGGCCGGCGCACCAAUGGCGGCAUCUGUCGCUACAUUGCUGAUCUUAGGAAGGCCGCCGCAGGCCUUCCCUGGAACGACCUCUUCCUUCACCUCAAGGACAAGUUGGCCGGCCCCCGCCGCGAGGACUUUGCCCGAUUGGUGGCGGAGAUUGUCCACCUGCGUUCACCUCCUCCAUCAUCUUCAUCUUCAAGCUCCACCGCUACCUCGGACACCGAGCUACCUGAACCAGCAUCCUCAUCUGGUCUGCGCCGGAAUGACUGCAGGAUCGCCGUGCGUGAGGUCCUCAAUCCACCUAUGCAGAUCCUCGCCGAAUUCCAGGAGGACCUCCCCAUGGGCAUGCAGCGCGAGUUCCUCUUGGGCCACCGAAGAGUCUGCCCCGAUGUUGCAGACCUCAUUGUGAAUGCAUCCACCCUGAUUUUGUAG